AUGCGCCUGGUUUUAUAUUUUUUAUUUAUAAACUCGGUUGAGACACAUAGCGUGCUUAUGAACCACCUCUUACAGACCCUGGAGAAGGAGCUCCAUUUUAAUACAAUCCUUCUUUUGGGAAGUUCGACUUCGUGCUGGAACCCACAGGACUUUCAGGAAGAGUUUCCCAUACUAAACUUCAAUGCAGAUGCUAGGGUAUAUCUAAAAGAUGCUUUCAACUCAAACAUACUGGUACUCGCUUGCUUGGAAAAACCCGCGAAAGAUACAAUGAAGGCACUACUCGAUAACCUAGAAGACAUGCGAGAUGCACCCACCAUCCUAUUCGGCUCUUCAGAUACUCAAAUCCGCAAACUAUUCCAGCAGUGCUUCAGCGGAAGUAUGCUCAAUGUGCUGGCAUUUAAGGGAUCUGAUAGGGAGAUCAUCUACAGCUUCAAGGCAUUUCCGAAACUUGGCGUUUUAAAGCGAAGAGUAUGGGAGGUUCGUCGAUACUUUGAGCCGCAGCUAGAGGAUCUGAUGGGCUACACCUUAAGGGCACUGCCCGACAACAUAAUCCCUCGAACUGUGGUCUACCGAGGUGCCGCCGGAGAUCGCCAGUUGGCCGGAUACCUCACUGCCUUCAUCCGGAACUAUGCCACCUUCGUCAAUGCCACGCUUCGCAUUUGCUGGGAUCUAGUACCGGAAGAGGGUACGAGGCAUUUGACGGGUAUUAGCGAGCUCUCGGAGAUGAAGCACGUGGAUUUUCCGCUGGGAAUCGAUAGUCUUGGCAUUGGCUCAAGCAAAUCGAGCCUUCCUAUGGAGGUCUCCAGCUGGUUCCUGAUGGUACCCAUGGAGAGCCCCCGCGGUCGUGAUCGUUUCUUUAUUGAAUUUGCUGCAUUUAGACUAGUACCCCUCAUGUUCUUGAUAGCCACGGUGCUAGGUAAUGCCCAUCGGAUGGAAUCCGGCCUUAGGCCCAGCUGGCGGUGCUGCGUCGUGGGAGAAAGGGUGCUCCGAGGAACCCUGGCUCAGCCGUUCACCCUACCCCGAAGACUCUCGCCCAAGCUGAUGUGCAUUUACUGGUUGCUCCUGCUGAAUGGUUUCUUUUUCAGCAACUUCUACAUGGCCAACUUGGAGACCUGGCUGGUGCAUCCACCAGCAACCGAUAAAAUCCAGGGCUGGCAUCAAAUUCGCGACCGCAAGCUGAAGAUCCUUAUUAUCCCGGAUGAGUUGAGGUUCCUUUCGCUCACAAUGGGCUCUAACUUUGUGGAUAGCCACAGCGAUAUAUUCCACCUGACCAACUCGACGGACUUUCAGAGGAAGCGCCUCGCGAUGGAUCAGACCUAUGCCUAUCCCGUGACCCACACCUUGUGGCCAUUUCUGAUGCACUCCCAGGCCAGACUUCGGCGACCCAUAUUCCGGCGAUCCAACGAGUUGGUUUUCAAUACAUUUAUCAUUUUAGCAAUGCCGCUGCCCAGGAACUCGAUUUUCAAAAAGUCUCUCCUUCAGUACAGAGAUAUGACCUACUCCAGCGGACUGUAUAGAUAUUGGUUCGGGAGCAGCUUCAGCGAACUGGUGGCCCUUCGAAAGAUCUCCUACAAGGACGAUGAGCUAGAGGUGUAUUGCGACCUCAAGUGGCAGGACUUCUACUUCGUCUGGCUGGCCUUCGUGGGGGGAACUAUCAUAAGCUUUCUGGCGUUCCUCUUGGAGCUCGGUUACCACAGGUGGUGGUAA